GUUUCCCAGACCAGGAAGUCUGUUUACUUUUCCUCCCUCUCUCUGUUGAGAGAAGAAGCAAAGUUCAAUCUGCAGUCGAAGCUCCAGGUUGCACCAUAGCCACUGCACAGUUACAUAAAAACACCAAAGAAGCUUUUCUUCCUAGAGCCAAAAAGAGCUGAAGCAUGAGUCGUCGUGUGGCCGUGGUGGGAGCUGGGAGUUCGGGUCUGGUCUGUAUGAAAUGCUGCCUGGACGAGGGGCUGGAGCCAAUCUGCUUCGAGAGCAGCGAUGACAUCGGUGGUCUCUGGAGGUUUAAGGAGAAUCCAGAGUCAGACCGGGCCAGCAUCUACCACUCUGUCAUCAUCAACACCUCCAAGGAAAUGAUGUGCUACAGCGACUUUCCCAUUCCUGCACACUUUCCAAACUUUAUGCACAACUCCCUCAUUAUGGACUACUAUCGGAUGUAUGCGGACCACUUCCAGCUCACCAAGCACAUCCGCUUGAAUACCCAUGUUCUUAACAUAAAGAAGAGAUCCGAUUUUUCCCGUUCAGGACAAUGGGAUGUUGAAACGGAGAACAAGGAUGGCAGAAGGGAAAAACACAUUUUUGAUGCUGUAAUGAUCUGCAUUGGACAUCACUGCCAGCCUAACCUGCCCCUCCAUGACUUCCCAGGCAUCGAGACUUUCACUGGAAAGUAUUUCCACAGCAGAGACUACAAGACUCCCGAGGAAUGGAGAAAUAAGAAGGCAGUUGUGAUCGGAAUCGGCAACUCCGGGGGGGACAUAGCAGUUGAACUGAGCAGAGUCACAAAGCAGCUUUACCUGAGCACUCGAAGGGGAGCCUGGGUUCUGAACAGAGUUGGAGACAAUGGGAUUCCGCUUGAUUUGCUCUUUAACAGAGUGUUGAACAUUCUGCGAAACGUCAUUCCCUUCAGUCUUAUUUGCUCUUUAGGAGAGAAGCGACUCAACAACAGAUUCAACCAUUCUUUGUACAAUCUAAAACCGAAGCACAGGUUGUUCAGUCAACAUCCUACUGUCAAUGAUGAACUUCCCAACCGCAUCCUGUCUGGAACAGUUCAAGUGAAACCCAACAUCUGCAAAUUUCAUGGUUCCAACGUUGAGUUUGAUGAUGGAAGCAUAGCGGAUGAUGUUGACCUUGUGGUGUUUGCAACAGGCUACAACUUUUCCUUUCCUUUCCUGGCCUCUAACGUGGUCCCAGUCUCUGAGAACCAAACAUCUCUGUACAAGUACGUGUUUCCGCCUGAGCUGGACCGCCCCACGCUGGCUAUCAUUGGUCUGGUGCAGCCAUUGGGAGCCAUCAUGCCAAUCAGUGAGAUGCAGGCCCGAUGGGCCACAAGAGUCUUCAAAGGUUGCAUAAAGCUCCCUUCAUCAGCUGCAAUGCAAAGAGACAUCAAGUCCAAGCAGGAGGCCAUGGCUAAAAGGUAUGUCAGCAGUCAAAGACACACCAUCCAGGUUGACUACAUCAACUACAUGGAUGAGAUUGCAGACCUGCUGGGAGUCCGACCCAGAAUCUCCAGGCUGCUGCUGACUGAUACCAGGCUAGGACUGAACUUGCUGCUCGGCCCCUGCACCCCUUACCAGUAUCGACUUAGGGGACCUGGAAAGUGGGCCGGCGCCCGCCAGGCCAUAUUUACCCAAUGGGACAGAGUCGCUCAGCCCAUGCAGACCAGGCCGUGCAAUGAGCCCGAGCCUCUGAGAUCUCUGAAGUGGCCUCUGCUUCUAUCCGCGGCUGUGGCGGGAUUGACUGCCUACUACUACAAGAACAGCCUUCUAGUGUUCCUGCAGGAUCCGGCUGCUUUGCUGGACAUGAUGAAAUCCUGGCUGCCCACACACUGAUCCCAAUGUCAUUACUGAUUUGUUGUUGCCUAUAAUUUGUUUUAACUCAUAAACUUCGUUGCAACCUGUUUUACUACAGAUCUUUUAAAACGGGCUGAUCUUAAAACUAUAAUUCAACAUUUCUUUUAUUCCUUAUUUGACCAAAUAGCACAUUUGUAUAUACGGUGCUCUUCCUGUAGUGUUUGGUUUGUUUAAUUUUAAGGAUCUGUUUGUCACACUAGAGCCUCUGUUCUCAGGUCAAAUUUCACGCUCACUACGUAAAAUGAUUUUAUUAAGCUUUGUGUGUCUUCAAAAAUCUGAAAAUAAAUGCGCAGUUUUGAAAUGA